UAGGCUUGCCGGUGGGAACAAUUGUUAGAUUACCGAUAUACCAUAUUAAGGGUAUAUGGAAUUACUUAGCGUUGACAAUUAUCUACUUAGUCGAAAGAACAGAUAAUCCGAUUAUUCGAUCAAAUUUAAGAGAUCUAGAUCCACAG